AUGCAAUUGUACGUGUACCUUGCUGCUGCAAAUGGGAAGUCUGCCAACUUUGAAAUGAAAUCUGGAUUGCUUCAAAGACUUCCCAUUUUCCAUGGCUUUAACAUUGAAGACCCUAAUAAGCACUUGAAGGAGUUUCUAUUUGUUUGCUCAAGUAUGUCGCAUCAAAAGGUGGAUGAAGACAUCUUCAAGUUAAAGGCAUUUCCAUUUUCUCUGGAGGACCGUGCUAAGGAUUGGUUGUAUGAGCUGCCUGAAAGACAUAUUACAUCUUGGAAUGGAUUAAUGAAAGCAUUUUUGGAGAAGUAUUUUCCCACUUCACGUGUGAUCAUGCUUAGAAAGAAAAUCACAGGAAUUACUCAACAUGUGCAUGAGACUUAUCCAGCUUACUAUGAGAGGUUCAAGACCUUGUUAUCACAAUGCCCACAACAUUUGGAUAGACAAAUGUUGGAUGCUGCAAGUGGUGGGGCUUUUGUAGACAAGACGCCAUCAGAGGGAAUGAAGUUAAUUGCCAAUCGUGCUUUAAAUGCUCAACAAUAUGAAGGCAUUGGUAAUUCAACGCAGAGGGUAAGUGAGAUUGCAAUGCUAUUGGAGGCUAUGUUCAACAAGGCUUCUUUCCAAGGCUUCUUUCAGAAGCCUCAUGUUUCUCAGAAUUUUGUUUCUUCUAAUUUUGACUCAAUUUCUAACCCUAACUAUGAUAAGAUGUUUGAAGCUUUAGCAAGUUCUACUCAAGCACUUGUGGAGAGUCAACAGAGUCAUGGUAAGGAUAUCUUGGAAUUGAAGGAACAAAUGGGUCGAGUUUUGGACUUUAUAGGUAUGAUUUCGGACCCAAAGCCCCAAUCUGCUAAGGCGGUCACAACAAGAAGUGGACGUACACUCGUGGAUCCACCAAAGAAAGUUAUUGCUAAUCCAUCUCCCCCUAUUCCAUUUCCAAACAGAUUUGCAAAAUCAAAGAAGGAGGAGGAGGAAAAAGCAAUUUUCGAGAUUUUCAAGAAGGUACAAGUCAACAUACCUUUGAUUGAGUGCCUUACUCAAAUCCCUAAGUAUGCCAAGUACUUGAAGGAGCUCUGCACCACUAGGAGACGUACACGUGAAAAAGAGGUAGUGAAAAUGUCUGAAAGCGUCUCAGCUGUGAUUCAGAGAAAACUUCCACCAAAGCUUAAAGAUCUAGGAAGUUUUUCUAUCCCUUGCACUAUUGGUAACACUAAUUUCGAGAAUGUGAUGCUAGAUCUAGGAGCUUCAAUAAAUGUUAUGCCUUAUAGUAUUUAUGAAUCUCUAGACCUAGGUGAGCUUAAAACUGAUAAUGUGAUUAUUCAAUUAGUUGACAGAUCUAAUGCUUAUCCGAAAGGGUAUGUUGAGGAUGUUCUUGUGCAGGUGAAUAGCUUAAUCUUUCCUGCAGAUUUUUAUGUCUUGGAAAUGGGGGAGUCUCCUAAGAACUCAACGCCAUUUUUUCUUGGAAGACCAUUCAUGAGGACGGCUAGGACCAAGAUUGAUGUGUUCAAUGGCUCCUUAACUAUGGAGUUUGAUGGUGAAGUUAUUAGCUUCAACGUUUUUGAAGCUAUGAGGUACCCUCUUUCUAAAGAUUACUCUGUUAAUACUACUGACCUUCUGGACUCUUUUGCUCAGAAAAUUUUCAAAGUAAUGAAUGAGGAUACUUUGCUCACUACUAUGGAGAAAAAACUUGGUUAUUCUAGCAAUGGCAAGGAAAUUCCACUAAGGGAAUUCAUGGAUGACAAAGUCUUUGAGAGUGCGGCAUAUCUUGAGUCAACGCCACAUAUUGUAGGUAAAGUUCCUAUACCUUUGUCAAUUCAGUUAUCUACUAAUAAACCUGUCCCUUCAGUGAUUCAAGCACCCACACUUGAACUCAAACCGCUUCCGGAUCACUUGAAAUAUGCCUUUUUGGGAGAUAACGACACCUUGCUAGUAAUUGUAUCUUCAAAGCUCACGGUUGAGCAAGAAGGUAAGUUGGUGGAUGUAUUGAGGAAGCACAAGACUGCUAUUGGAUGGACUUUGGCAGAUAUCAAGGGAAUUAGCCCUACACGUUGUGUCCACAUAAUACUUCUUGAGGAGGGGGCAAAACACACAGUAGAGGCCCAAAGGUGCCUCAACCCUCCAAUGUUGGAAGUAGUCAAGAAGGAGGUGAUAAAGCUCUUGGAUUGUGGAGUCAUCUACCCCAUUUCAGAUAGUAGUUGGGUUUCACCUGUGCAAGUAGUGCCAAAGAAGAGUGGAAUCACGGUUGUAAAGAAUGAGGAGAAUGAGCUUGUGCCACAAAGCAUUGUGACUGGACACAGAGUUUGCAUAGACUACAGAAAGCUCAACGCCACCACAAGGAAAGACCACUUCCCAAUGCCCUUCAUUGAUCAAAUGCUUGAGAGGUUAGCUGGUCAUUGUUUUUAUUGUUUUCUUGAUGGAUAUUCUGGAUAUAACCAAAUUUGGAUAGCUCAAGAGGAUCAAGAGAAGACUACCUUCACUUGCCCUUUUGGCACUUUUGCAUAUCGUAGAAUGCCAUUUGGACUUUGCAACACCCCAGUUGGAGCUGUCCUUGGUCAACGCAACGACAAGAGACCUCACGCCAUAUACUAUGCUUCCAGGACUUUAAAUGAUGCUCAAUUAAAUUAUUCCACUACAGAAAAAGAGUUUUCAGCUGUUGUUUUUGCUUUAGAGAAAUUUAGAUCUUAUUUACUUGGUACUAAAGUGACUAUUUUCUCUGAUCAUGCAGCUUUAAAGUACUUACUUUCGAAAAAGGAAGCAAAACCAAGACUCAUACGUUGGAUCCUUCUUCUACAAGAGUUUGAUGUGGAAAUCAAGGACAAGAAGGGAAGCGAGAAUGUGGUAGCAGAUCACUUGAACUGUAUCAUACAUGAUCAAGACGCCCUACCUUUGGUUGAAACGUUUCCGGAUGAACAACUCUUCGGAAUCCAGGUAAGUAGCCCAUGGUAUGCGGAUAUUGUUAAUUUCUUAGUUACAAAUAAAAUCCCUAGACAUUUGUCAAGUCAUUUGCAUGCUAAACUUAGAAAAACUGCUAGGCAAUAUGUGUGGGAUGAUCCUUACUUGUGGAAAAUUUGUAAUGAUGGCAUAAUUAGACGUUGUGUUGAUGAAUCUGAAUUUAAAGAUAUAUUGUCUUUUUGCCAUGCUAAAAAUUGUGGGGGUCACUUUGGAUCUAAGAAAACUGCAUUAAAGGUGUUAGAAUCCGGUUUCUUUUGGCCUUCAUUGUUUAAAGAUGCACAUGCUUUCUGUAUGACUUGUGAUAGGUGUCAAAGAACUGGAAACUUAGGAUCUAGAAAUCAAAUGCCCUUAACUAAUAUCUUGAUUGUCGAAAUUUUUUAUGUAUGGGGAAUUGAUUUCAUGGGACCCUUUCCUUCAUCUUACGGUUUUCUAUAUAUCUUGCUUGCUGUUGAUUAUGUGUCGAAAUGGGUGGAAGCAAAAGCCACCAGGACUAAUGAUUCUCAAGUUGUUUCAGAGUUUAUAAAGACUAACAUCUUUGCAAGGUUUGGAAUGCCAAGAGCAAUUAUUAGUGAUGGAGGGACAUAUUUUUGCAACAAGACCAUAGCUACUUUGUUCAAGAAGUACAACGUCACACAUAGGGUUUCUACGCCCUAUCAUCCUCAAACAAGUGGACAAGCAGAAGUUUCUAACCGUCAGAUCAAGAAGAUUUUGGAAAAGACCGUGAGCACUAAUAGGAAGGAUUGGAGUAAACGCCUUGAGAUGCUUUGUGGGCUUAUAGGACGGCUUUCAAAACGCCAAUAG